AAAAUUGGCAAUUUGCAAGCUCUAAAUUAUCACAUACACUGUGCACUAAAGUGUAAGAGUUCACAUUCUCCAGGUUGUUAUUGACAACAGCAUUCCAUUCAAAACAGCCUCAGUGUAUAUUUUACAACUUUUUCCGCCCUCAAAAUUCAAAUUUCUUACUAUAUCGUGAAAUAUUAGUGCGCGGUUAUUACCAAGUGCAUCCCAACGGUUCGUUCUAUGAUUAAAAAUCCAUUUUCUGAAACUUAAUUAUACAUAUCAAAACCUCAAACUUUACCUUCAAAAUUCUUAUUUUUCCGUUAAAUAACAGUGCGCGAUUAUUGUUAAGUGCACCGACAGAGGCUACACUUUUACGGAUAAAAUUACUCCUUUGGAUCUAAACAUAGAUUUUAAAUCUAGGAAAGAUAAGUGCAAUUUUAAUCUGCAUUGAGUGUCACCUGAUUUUUGUCCGAAAACUAAAAAAAAUCGGCCCACUGUUCGUCGUUCCUCGCGACAGAAGUCCUGUUUGAUCAGUAAUUAGUUCGCGUUCCUCGGUUCGUUUUUUCUGUCCGGUGCGAUUUCAACUGCAAAUAUUUGCCUGCUUUUUCCGUUCGGUCUUCGACUGUGAGUGCGAUGAGUGUUUUUUCCUCGCGGUGAUCGGCAGUUCGCGGUGUUGAACUAGCCCAGUUUUCCCGUUUUUGUGUUGUGUGUUCUGAGCAAGUGGGUCAGCUGCAUGGAACAUAAAGCCCGGGCACAUGACGAUGGAUCAACGCGCCAAUCGCAAGGCAUCAUGGGACUCGAAGAUAUCAGGCAAAUCAAUGAAUGGAUGCAAGGCGUAUGGUGUUGGCGGACGUUCGGAAACUCCAAGCUCAGUUCUCUCCUCUGACAGUGACAUCCGCUUCACACGAAAAAUGAGCAAACAUUACCGCUGCUACUGCUGCUCAGUAGCUACUCUCCUAAUAUCAAUCCUAGUCGCCUCUCUUGUGUUCUACUUUGCCUAUACGUAUACAAGGCUCCAUCCCGGAAGCGAGCAAGAAUUCAGGGCAUCUUUCAGAGUCCUAGAAGGGGAUAAAUACUCAGAGGACCUGAAUAACCCUUCUUCACCAGAAUUCAAAACUAGGGCCAGGUAUUAUAAGGAAGGCGUCAACCUAAUAUUCCGGCGAAGUAUACUCAAGGCAGCUUACCUAGGGACAGAAAUUUUGGCGCUUGAUGGUGACCAAGAUCGCAACCUGAUCGUGCACCUGACCCUGCGUUUUGACCCUCGUCGCCGGCUGGUUCAGUCUGAGGAGGUGUCACGUCUUCUGGCCGUCCGUGACACACCGUACCUGCCGAAUAAGACCCUGGACCCGGGCAGCGUCUCCGUUCGAGAAAGCUCCGGACUCCCGAAUCUCUCCUCCCUCUCCUCGGCGACCUCCACCGAGUUCUCACCCGCCUCCACGGCGCCUCCGCCGCGAACGUGCGUCCCCGUCCAGCUCCCUUACUGCGCCGGAAAAACCGACUACAACUUCACAUCCUACCCCAAUAUCUUCGGGCACAAGUCGCUCAGGGAUGUUGAGAAUGACGUCAUUGCGUUCCGGGAACUAGUUGAUGGCGAGUGUUUUCAGAGGGCGUUCGAGUUUAUCUGUCAGAUUUUACAGCCCGCGUGCAAGAAAGGUCACGAUGACGACGAGAUGGUUCUUCCGUGUCAGCAGUUCUGUAGAGAUUUUUUGGCUGGCUGUGGAGGACGUUUGAUGCCGAAAUUCCAACAGUCUCUUAACUGUUCUCGGUUUCCUGAGUUCAGUCCAAUCGGAGCUAGUUGCACCUCAAAACCAGGCUGUAACGUCGAGCUGGAAUCGAAAGGGAUGAGAUCUCGGUUAUGCGACGGGGUAUUGGACUGCGGAGACAUGACCGAUGAGACGAACUGUCAUUACUGUCCUCCUGGCUACAUUCACUGUGGACACGGAAAGCAUUGCAUCCCACCAACCAACAGGUGUAACGCUAUUCUAGACUGCCCCAAUGGAAGCGACGAAAAAGCCUGCCUGACGCUUGCUCCAGACGUCGCGGCUUUAGGAAACUUGCGAUCUGCCCAACCUGCUUUGUACCAUUCGGAAGGCUACGUGAUAUUUAAUGAGCGGGGAUUAAUGGGAAAAAUUUGCACGGCCAACCUCAAUGCUACGAUCCCACCGCAAGACGUUGAUAGCACCCUACAUACUAUUGCAGCCUCCCUUUGCCAUACUCUCUCUUACAAAAAAGUAGCAGAUGUGCAGAUUAAAGAAGACACAAGCAAGAAUGGAAAUUUGGGAGGACGCUACGUGCAUAUGGAAAAUCCUCUGGCUCCAGAGAUCACCUUCAUUCCGGCUCCUUGUCCUUCAAAACAAGUGCUUUAUGUCUCAUGCGAUGAAAUGGAAUGCGGAACCCAAACUGCGAGAGAGCUGAACGGUGUGGACGGGCUCGGUAAGAUGGCUGCUCCGGGUGACUGGCCUUGGCAUGCAGCCCUGUUUCGCGAGAACGUUCAUAUCUGCGACGGCACCCUCGUUUCGCCUCAGUGGGUUCUCACGACGGUUUCUUGCUUCCAAGGGCAAAGCAAAGCUGAGUGGAUAGCCCGACUGGGGAGUGUUCGUUUGCAGUCCACGUCACCAUGGCAACAGGAGCGUCACGUAAUUGGAAUGGUCAAAUCUCCGGUAGAAGGCAGCACUGUCGUCAUGAUCAAACUCAACAAACCAGUCAUUUUCUCGGACUUCAUCCGGCCCAUUUGCCUACCACCCCGAAGUCUUGCUCCGCAAGAGCUCAUCCACUGCCAUACUCUUGGAUGGGCCAAAAAUCGCGAGUUUCUUGAGCGGAUUGAAGUAUCUGUUAUCCAAAUGGACUUGUGUGCAAACAUAAGCAUUACUUCGGUGAAUGGUGUGUGCACAGAGUCAGUCUACCAGCAGAAUGACUGUAAUGAGGAGGAGCUGGCCGGCAGUCCGAUGAUAUGCAUGCGACCAGAGGGUAAAAGCUGGGUUUUGGCCGGGAUCAGCAAUUGGCGAAUAGCGUGCUCCCAGCCGGGAAUGCAAAGACCACGGCUCUACGACAAGAUCUCUUCGAAUAUCGACUGGAUCGACAACACCAUCAAACAAAUCUGAUCCGACGCUCAGAGGCCACUGAUAAACUAUAAGACUGAAUAGCUGUGAAACUAUUUUUGUACUCUGUUGUUCUGUCGACAAGGGUGACUAAGAACUAGAACUUUUACUUACCUUGAGAAGAAAAAAAUCACAAAUGUUUGAUGACCCUCAUUUCCGAAGAAGCAGAGAUUGCGAUGAGUUGCGAUUUGAUCGGAAAAUUUAUCCCGAUUUAAUCCACGUAGAUUUAUUGCAAAUAGUAUCGGAUAAAAAAUUGUGAUUAUAUUGCAAUUUCGUCACAUAAAUUUGCAAUAAAAUCGCGAUUUUAGUGACGGCGAUUCAUCGCAAUGUUAUCCGACAAAAAAUGGUGAUAAAUGGACAAAAAAAUUAAUUUUAUCGAACGCCAUUUUGUAGAGAAAAAAUUGCGACAAGAUUAAGAAUUAUCGCUUAAGUGUUGAUCGUAGCGAUUUUAUCGCCAAAAAUCAUAAAAUAAUCGCAAUUUAAGUGAUAAACAUCGCGAUUUUUCCGUUGAAAAAUGCUACUUGGAUUAGAUGUAUAUUUUUGUGUGUGUAAAUAUUCAAAGCAAGCACGAGCUAUCAAGGAGAUCUAGAAUCGAUCGCAUGAUGGGAAGCAAUGCAUCGUUACUCUUGGUCGCUCCUAGAUUUGACUUCAUCGUAAAGCCCUUUGAUCGGAAAAUAUUCCUAAAAUUCAAUGGUGGAAUGAACUGUCAUGUUAAACGAAAUUGAAUAUUCCUGUUUCAUAUUUUUAUCGAUCUAUUAUUUUGAUCGCAUUAAUGCAAACUUUCGCGGGAUCAAUGAAUGAAUAAAAGGGACAUGAGUUUAGUUUCUCUGAUUCUCGUCCGCGAAAGUUAAGACCUCACUUUUCUAAGUGAACACCUACUCUGAAACAUCUAUUCCUCGUUUUAAAUUUAGAUCUUAAAGUCUGUGUUUUUUUUUCAGUACAAUAAUUGAAAUCUGAAUCUCUGAACACUAUUAAAAUCUCACAUCCUCACAGACAUUCGACUUUUACAAAAUAAAUUAUGUUUCUGCAAAGCCCCUAGAUUAUUCACACGACAUUGGGUGUGAAAAGUUUGUUUUAGAUUUUGUGCAUAGUUGUGAUAAAUUUUGAGCUAACUGUAACAAUAAUAUCGAACGACUACAAACAAAGGACACAAUCUUAGUUGACAUCUUGAACUGAUAGUGUAUAAAUUGAACUAAGAUUAGUGGGUCCGUCGAUUAUAAAUUCUAUAUAUUUGUUUCGAUGUCAAGCUCAAAAUGUUGUGUUAUUUAAGAUUUGUGUAAAUUUGUAAAUACUUUCCAAACAAAUCAUCGUUUACCUCAUUAUGAACUUUAAAGAGCAAUUGAAACAUUCCUCCAUUUCCAGUGCGGUUAAGUCAUUAGAAGUGUCGAUAACUUAUAUUUUUCAACGCGAUUAUUGAAAAGUGGAAUGGAACCAUAAACUUAAAUAAAAAGUAAAAUCAUCGUACAUUAAGACUCCCUGCCGCAGCCACCCCCCCUCCCAGUCCAUCUUGCAUGGAUGUACAACGAUUAAUGUCGCAUACCUGAAACGAAUUAUUUCAUUAGGUUGUUUACAAUUUUGUACAAAUGUCAUGGAAUCGAAGAUUUUAUUUAUAAUUUAUUUGACUUAAAGUGUAAAUAAACCAACGUUUUAUUUUUA